GCGUGGCCUGGGCUCCGAGCGAGGGAAUUAGCGUGAGCUGGUGGAGUGGGAGCUGCCGCCGCCGCUGGCGUCUCGCUAGCCGCUUUCGCCACGCCGGAGCUCUCAGCUCCACUGGGGCCAUGUCGGAGCGAGAAGAGCGGCGCUUUGUGGAGAUUCCUCGGGAGUCAGUCCGGCUCAUGGCGGAGAGCACAGGCCUAGAGCUGAGUGACGAAGUGGCAGCCCUGCUCGCAGAGGACGUGUGCUACCGUCUCAGGGAGGCUACGCAGAAUAGCUCUCAGUUCAUGAAGCACACCAAACGGCGGAAGCUGACAGUUGAGGACUUCAACAGAGCCCUCAGAUGGAGCAGUGUGGAGGCUGUGUGUGGUUAUGGAUCCCAGGAGGCACUGCCCCUGCGCCCUGCCAGGGAGGGUGAGCUCUACUUUCCUGAGGACCGAGAGGUGAACCUGGUGGAGCUGGCUCUGGCCACCAACAUCCCCAAAGGCUGUGCUGAGACGGCUGUCAGAGUUCACGUCUCCUACUUGGAUGGCAAAGGGAACCUGGCACCUCAAGGAUCAGUGCCCAGCGCCGUGUCCUCCCUGACGGAUGACCUUCUCAAGUACUAUCAGCAGGUGACUCGGGCUGUGCUAGGGGAUGAUCCCCAGCUGAUGAAGGUCGCUCUCCAGGACUUGCAGACGAACUCCAAGAUUGCAGCGCUCCUGCCUUACUUUGUUUAUGUGGUCAGUGGGGUAAAAUCUGUAAGCCAUGACCUGGAGCAGCUGCACCGGCUUCUGCAGGUGGCACGGAGCCUGGUUCGGAAUCCACACCUCUGCCUGGGACCCUACGUCCGCUCCCUGGUGGGCAGUGUCCUCUACUGUGUCCUGGAGCCACUGGCUGCCUCCAUCAACCCCCUGAAUGACCACUGGACUCUGCGGGAUGGGGCUGCCCUCCUGCUCAGCCACAUAUUCUGGACUCAUGGAGACCUUGUAAGUGGCCUCUAUCAGCAGAUCCUGCUCUCCCUGCAGAAGGUCCUGGCAGACCCUGUGCGGCCUCUGUGCUCUCACUAUGGAGCUGUGGUGGGGCUACAUGCUCUUGGCUGGAAGGCAGUAGAACGAGUCCUGUACCCACACCUGUCCACUUACUGGACAAACCUGCAGGCUGUGCUGGAUGAUUAUUCAGUAUCUAAUGCCCAGGUCAAAGCAGAUGGGCACAAAGUCUAUGGAGCCAUUCUGGUGGCCGUAGAGCGACUGCUGAAGAUGAAGGCUCAGGCAGCAGAGCCCAACCGGAGUAGCCAAAGCGGCAGUGGGUGCCGGCGUCCUGACGACCUGCCUUGGGACAGCCUUCUCCUGCAAGAGUCUUCCUCCGGGGGCGGUGCAGAGCCAGGCUUUGGGUCUGGACUCCCGCUGCCAUCAGGGGCCGCGGGGCCGGAGGACCCUUCUCCUUCAGUGACCCUGGCGGACAUCUACCGGGAGCUGUACGCUUUCUUCGGUGACAGUCUGGCAACUCGCUUCGGCACAGGCCAGCCCGCGCCCACGGCCCCGCGGCCGCCCGGGGACAAGAAGGAGCCGGCGGCCGCCCCGGACUCGGUGCGGAAGAUGCCCCAGCUGACCGCCAGCGCCAUGGUCAGCCCGCACGGCGACGAGAGCCCUCGAGGAGGCGGCGGCGGCCCGCCGUCGGCUUCCGCGCCCGCCGCCUCUGAAAGCAGGCCGCUGCCGCGUGUGCACCGGGCGCGGGGGGCGCCCCGGCAGCAGGGUCCCGGCGCCGGCACCCGCGACGUCUUCCAGAAGAGCCGCUUCGCCCCGCGCGGCACCCCCCAUUUCCGGUUUAUCAUCGCUGGGCGGCAGGCCGGGAGGCGCUGCCGCGGGCGCCUUUUCCAGACUGCCUUCCCCGCGCCGUACGGGCCCAGCCCGGCCUCCCGCUACGUGCAGAAGCUGCCCAUGAUUGGCCGCACCGGCCGCCCCGCCCGCCGCUGGGCGCUCUCGGACUACUCGCUGUACCUGCCGCUCUGAGCGGCGUGCGCCCCCGCCUCUGUAAAUAAAGCCCGCCCGGAAGUGA